UUAUGCAAUUUUAUGCAAUCCCUUAAAGGAUGGAGUAUAUUAUUUUUAAUAUUUUAAUAGUAAUUGAAAUGUAAACUAAAAAUACAGAAAAAUUAAUUUUAAUGAUCCUCAAAAAAAAUAAGCUUAAAGCAUAAUUUAAGCUUAAUACAAAAUAAGUAUCAGCUCUAUAGCAGUCUAAUUAAUUAUAUUUUAUCAAUGAUUUAAAUUAAUUUGAAUAUGAUAUUUUCAGUCAAGUACGCGGAAUCAGUUUUUUGAAAAACCCAUGAAGAAAAUUUAUUGCCUUGUCCAAGUAGUUGUUCGCUUUUGUACAAAGAUAUAAACUGCAAACAGAACUUCGAAAAUUGUUAAAUGUAUGACUGGUAUUAAUGCACAAUUUCAAUUUGUCCAAGAAAAUUCAGAAAAAACAAAUGUUCACCAAAUAAAUGUAUUUAAAAAUAUAAAAAAGUGUUUAUCAUACAAAGGUUCAAACCGCAAACACAAUUUUAUAGUAAAUUUCGGUGAAAACAAUUCUUCUAUAAUAAGUGAUUGUGAGCAUAAUUUAGUCAUAAUUCAUCAAGAAAAUACACUUAAAAAAUUUUAAUUUUGUAAAAUAAACUUUGUAUUUAUAAUUUAAAUUUAUUGUAUUAAAAUUACUAAAUAUAUGUCCAUACUUAUGUUUAUCAAAUGCUGUUUGCUACAAAAGUAGAAUAUUUGGGGUUUAAAAAAAAAAGAAUGGAAGUUUACUUGAUGAUUAUGAGGAUUGAAUAUAUUAUUUGUAAUACUAUAAUGAUAAUUGAAUUGUAAGCCAAAAUAUAAAAAAUUUGUUCUAAAAGAGAUGAGAUCUUAAUGAGUAAUGAUCAUAAAAUAAAUAUGCUUAAAGCACAUUAAAAAUUUGUUUUUACAAACAGUGUAUACCUAGUAGCUUCCAAAAAUAUAAAAAUGUACUUCUCUCUUAUAUUGUAAACCAGAAGUACACAAACUUUUUUCCCCGUAGACCAUGUGCCAAUUUUCGAAUUUUCAUAAACCCCUAAAAUUUAAUUUUUACAAAUUCAUCUAUAUAGGUGUAUUAUAGAUAUUUUUUAUAACUUACCUGUAGCUGCUCACUUAAAUAAGGUUUACUAUGGAUUGCAUUUUUUAAAAAUAAAAAACAUGUUAAGUUUGUUUUCAUUAAUACCUUUAUUUCUUUAAUAAUAACAAUAUUUAUUUAAUUUUUUAAAUAAUUAAAAUGACAGAAAACGCAAAUUAAAUUAAAUUACGAUACAAGUAUUUUUGACUUAAUAACUCUCGGGGAUCCCUAUUUAAACCUCAUGCACCCCCUAUUUUUUUUUCGUUAACAUAGACAGGUCAGAAUCGAUGUAGACCACUGGGAAUCUCUGUUGUAAAAAAAAGUAAAUAAUAAAUAUACAUUAGUCAUUAGUUGCCCCCGAUGAUCAGACAGUUAUUACGUGUAAUAUUAUAGGCGAGGAUCAGCGUUAGACGAUAUCGAAUAUCGACUAAUAUUAAGGUUAUCGAUUUAUUUUUCAAACCCAAUAUUCUUAGAGAAAAAAUGUUUAGUAUUUUUUGAAUAUGAAAAAAGCAUUUCUUACUUUUGUAUCUGAUAUAAAAUAAUUUAAAUAUUAUAUUAUCAGUAUCAGGCCUUUUAAAAAGAUUUAUUAUUUUCUCAAAACAGUUGUGGCCGAUAGUAUAGUAGGAAACACUAACACAAUCUCAAAAAUCAAUUGUAUAAGCAUGUGGCCACAAUUUUAUUUUUUAAAUUUAAGUCUACAAUUUUAUUGUGCAUUUUGUCGAAAACCAUUCGGGCGUAAACGAAAUUACGUGACCAUUUUUAGCUAAUUAUGUAUUUAGCUUUAAUUAUUUAUAUUUUAAAUUACAAAAAUUAAAUUUUAUUUUAUAUUUAUGAAGAAGUGUUUUCAUUUUAAUAUUGCAAUAGUUAAUGUAAUAUAAUUACCUUCUCAGAAGUAUGCAAAAAAGCACGUUAAAAAUCAAAUUUAGAGCUUUUGCAUUAAUAAAAUAACUAUAUUUUGUCGACGAUAUAAAGAAAUUUGUAUGUUAUAGUUUCAGUUAAUUACAUGAAUAAGACUUUUGAAAAAGAUCCAAUGUUUUGUCCAAAUGGUUGUGGCCGAUCGUAUAAAGAUUAUCAUAUGAAUGAGUUAUUAAAUAAAGCUAGUAAAAACGACCCAGCAAUCUGUCCAAAUGGUUGUGGUCACGAGUAUAGAGGAUUGGAUCGCAAACGUAAUCUCAAAAAACAUUUGAUUUAUGCUUGUGGUGUUAAUCCACAAUUCCAAUGUAUACUUUGUUUAAGAAAAUUUGCUCAGUUGCCUUGCAGUUGGUUAGCUAAACUCAAUUGGAUAACACAAUUAGAUCCAGCCGUUUGUCCAAACAAAUGUGGUAAAUUGUAUAAAGGACCUUAUAGAAAACAUCAUCUCAGACAACAUUUGGUAUAUGAAUGUGGUGUUAUACCAAAAUUUCAAUGCAGAAUAUGUUUCAAGCGUUUUGCUAGAAAUCCUCAAUUAAAGUAUCAUUUAAUUAGAAUACAUAAAAUAAUUGUAUAACAUAGUAAAAUGCUUAUAAUCUGGUUUAUUAUAAGUUAUUAAAUACCGAUUUAUACUCACAAAAUUGUACAAAAAAAAAAAUCAAAACUGUAUCAAAUGAAAUUAUUUCAUUUAUACCUACUAGUAGCUUAUUUUAAUUGUUAAAUAAAAUAUUUAUUAUUAGUCCAUACACAAGAAUUAUAUGCCUCAACAUUUAACUACAGAUUUGGAUCUAUAUUGUGUAUCUAUUGGUGAUUACAAGUAGGAUGUGCCAUGCCCCUUCUCCUUUUUGGGUAGUAUUGAAAUAAAAAUAUGUAUCAAAUUUAAGGCUGUUAGUGUUAAAUAGUUUAUUUUUUCAAAACUAAGUUUAGAUACAUUUUAUUAUAAUUAAAGUUAUUUUUAUAGAUAUUAAAUAUUUAUGAUAAAUAAAUAUUAAUAGGUACAAUGUAUUACCAACUAAAAAAAAAUUAUAAUUAAUCAUUGUAUGCAUUGAUGUCUGGAAGGGAGGGCUUACCUUCUCAUUCUUUUGUAUUUAACAUUUAUAUUUAUUUAAGUUCCCUCCCUCUUGAAUAAUUUUUAAAUCCAAUUCAGGUAUACUUACUUAAGAAUUUAAAUAUAAUUGAUAUAUUUAAAUAUAUAUAAAUAUAAUAUAUUUGUAUUUAACAAAAUAAUUUGAUACACAAGUUAUUACAUAGUUUUUAAAACAUUUUAUCAAAUGUUAUUUAUUUUUUGAAUUUAAUUUGUAUAACAUAUAAAUGUAUUGACAUUUUUAAUGUUAAAUUUAGUUUUUGUAUUUAGUUUGGACUUAUUAAAAUAAUAUGAAGUAUAUUAAGUAACUAUAAAUUUGAUACGAGAAGCACUACAUUUUUGUGGACCAAAAAUUAAUAAAUUAUAUACAAUAUUUAUUUAAAACAAUUUUAAAUUGAUUUUAUUGACAAACAAGACUAAAUAUACUCAAACAAUAUAUGCCAAUAAAUAGCCUCUUUAUACUCUAGCACUGAUAAAUAAAAAAAAUUAAAAAAAUAUUUAUUAAACUAUCAUACAAUAAUAAUAAUAAUAUUAUGAAAAAAUAGUAUUAUAUUUAGGAAUUUAUAUUAUGUUUAUCUAUGUUUAAAAAAUAUAAAUGUAUAACAACAUAUACUAUUGUGUUAGUUUAUUGAUAAGUUUCUAUUUACACUGAGUGCUCUACAAAAGUUAUUUUAAAAUGGUGAAAUAAUUUAAUGUGUAUUACAUUAGCACUUACAACUAGUAGUUUUAUUAAAAACUAUUGUAUAUACAUGUUUUUUAAUUUAUAUGAUUGAUGCACCUUAUAUAUUAAUUAUUCAAAUGUAUGUUAUAUUGACCAAUAUUAAUUGUUUUGAUUUUAUGUUUUUUAGAAAUAUCUUGGUUACCUCAACUUAAUUUGAUAACACAAAUAGAUCCAGCCAAAUGUCCAAACAAAUGUGGUAAAUGUUAUAAAGGUCCUCAUAGAAAGCAUAA